GUGUAUGGUGACUAAUUACAACAAGCUCUGCAGAAAAUCACCUUUCCCCGAUGACAAUUUAGAGCUUUAGUGGUGACUAAUGCAACUAGCAUGAAUAUGAAGCACCUCAUAUUCACGGCUAAAUUGCCACCAGUGAUUGUAAGUCACUAUUGUUAUGCAUAGGAGGAGCUAUGCAUAUAUUAUGUGUAUUUUUAAAUCAUGUUGUGGUUGUUGAGUCAUCAACUUAUCAAGUGUAUGAUCUUUCCACUUACAAAAUAUGGUUUGCCUUCACAAACCUCAUAAACUAUUCUUUUACGGCAGUUACCAUUGUUGUCAAAACCCAUCAUAGAGCGAAAACAUCAUGGAUCGUAUUGGCCUGGCAAUAAUGCUGAGUUGGUCUACCUGGAUGGCCCUUCAUGUCGAGUAUAUGUCCAUGUAGCAGAUUAAGUAAAACAUAUGUUCAUGGAGUAAAUAUUCUCUCAUAUGACCCUCAGAUGUUAUCAUACGCACAUGCACAUGUUCAGGAUUAUAUUAUGAUGAUUUCAUUUUCAAGAAACUUUACUGUAUCUAAUUGAUACAAUAUGGGACCGUCUUAACUUUUUCCUAAUCCUAUAAGUAGCCCCCUUCCUGCUCACGUUAUCAUUCGCACUUCAAAGCCAAUUUCUUUUGCUUGACCCUCCAUUAAGAUCUAAAUCAAAAAAUUGUCCUUGUAAACUAAUAUACUUUUAAGCCAUGCAACCCACUGAUGUCACAGACUUCUAUUACCUACUUCCUUCUAACCCAACUCAAUUCCCAUCUCAAUCUUGUGUGAACUAUAACCCAUCCACAUUUCAGCUAAAUACGGUCUUGAAUCCUUUGUAUCAUCUUCAGAUCACUCCUCAAGUUCAAGACCUCAAUCCACAACUAACAUGUUUCAACAGUAACUCUACAUCUGAUGAAGCUGAUGAGCAACAGUGGACUCUUAUAAAUGAACGUAAACAGAGAAGAAUGAUAUCGAAUAGAGAGUCUGCACGGAGAUCACGCAUGCGCAAGCAGAGGCACCUAGAUGAGCUUUGGGCACAGGUUCUUUGGCUCCGAAAUGAGAAUCACCAGCUCCUGGACAAACUAAAUCAUGCCUCUGAGCGCCAUGAUCAAGUACUUCAAGAAAAUGCUCAACUGAAAAACGAAACUUCAGAACUUCGCAAAAUGAUCACUGGCAUGCAGCUUAGUAGUCCUUGUCCUAGCUCAAGAGCUCUUGAAAAUGAACCUUGCAGUGGUUUACCUCAAAAUGAAUAACUAAUCAGAUUAAAAUGGAAGUUAUGCUGGUUGGGAUAAGGCCGUGGUUUUGAUUUCCUUGUUAUAUAUUUGUAGUUGGGAUGGUGGCCACAAUUUGAGUUUUCCCUCUAUCUCUUAUGUUGACAAGAUGAAGGCUAUGAAUUUAGUUUUUACUGUAUCUCCUUUCUUCUUGUGCUGGUAUGCUAUUCAAUAAAAAUCCCCUUCUUUAUGCUGUUCA